GGGAGUUUUGCUUACUGAAAGAUGUUCUGAGGGCAGAAACUAAUGGGAUUGGUUCAAUCAGGCAACCAAUCAGAACAGAGGAGAGGCGCGCCUAACUAAUUUGAAGUUAGCGAGAGAAGCAAGCGGUUGUUACUGUUUAUUUUCAUGGUCGCAUUUCUUGCUUAGCUCUAAGAACCAUUGGGAAGAUAAUGGAGAAAUACUGGCUGAAGGGUGUUUCCAAAAGGCUGAAGAAGAUACAUGAUGCCCGGGUUGAGCAAGAGGUUGUCAUUAUCCAAGGAGAGGAAAAGGACUUCAUGAACAUUUAUAUAAAUGAGCUGCAGGAAAAGCAGAAUAUGUAUUUCAAAGCUCCAGUCUCCACUCAUAAGGACUAUCAUUACUAUGCCUGUGAAAGAGCCAGCAAAGCCAGUGGGCAAAGUAAAGGAGAGUCCCAAAAGACCAGGGCAAAUUCUUGUGAGGCAUACAUAUCUUUUAAAUUCAUCACUGACUCCGGAUUCAGAGGUGUUGUGAUCCAUAAAAUGCUGCAACACACUGGGCAUGAUGUAUCUAAUGAAGAGGAUGGGAUAAAAAAUCGUAUACACCCAGAACUGCUUGGAUUUGUAGAGAUGUGGCUUACACAGGGUUGCUCAACAUCAGAGACCCUCCUGAAGAGCUGUGAUUGGGCACACAGAAAUGGCCAUGUUGAUAAACAAAAUCGAAGGUUUUAUCUAACCCCUGAAGAUGUACGCCUCAUCAAAAAGAAUCUCCAUGGUGUCACCUUUCCGCAUCGUAAUGAUUCUGUUAGUGUUGACUAUUUGGUCAACACUGAGCUACAACAAAACAUUUGUUUUUAUCAGCCACUCAUCCACCAGCAACCCCUUAUCAUAGUUGUUCAAACACCAUCGCAAAAAAAACUACUGGAAGAGAACCCCCAUCCCAUGGUUUUCAUGGACGCCUCCUAUAAAGGCAUUACAGCCUAUGGCUAUGCCUUUUACGCACUGCUGUUGAUCAAUAAAACCGGAAGAGGUGUACCAUUUGCAUAUUUUAUCAUGAGCAAGGAAUCAAGUGAAACACUAAGCCUUUGCAUACAGGAGCUUCAGCGAAGCAAUCCUAGCUUUUAUCCAAGGCUGUUAAUAGAUGGCUUGUGAAGACUGAUGGAGGGCACUUGACAGCUGACCAGAGAAAUGUGGUCAUACAUGCCAUAGUGACCAUGAAAGCAUGCCUAAGGGAAGAAGAAUUUCUGAGUGUGUCUGCUAAAAAGUGCAGCGAGAUUGACAACUAUUUAGGUAGUACACAUGUGACAACCUACCUAAAGACCCAU